GCAACCUCUGUCUCUCUCUCUCUGCACUCUGCUGCUGUUACACUACUUGCUUCCUCUAAUCCUCUCCGACUCUGCGUCUCUCCCCUCUCCUCUCCCCCGAUCGCACCGCGCCAUUUUUAAUCCCACCUUCUCCCACAGACCGGAGGUAUCUUAAGCUCCAAUCCACUGCGGCUGUGCAAGCAGCACCUCGCUCUCUCUCUCCUCGGCCGGCUUGCUUCGAACCCACUUGAUCGCUGCGUCGCCUCCCUCCCCUCCCCUUCCUGCUCCCUCCCCCCGUACGUGCGCAGUUCUCGGCACGCUUCCCCAUAUAUACCCCCGCGGCCGCUCUCGGCGGAUAGAGAUCGGUGCACAGGCAGUGACACCCGCACGCAAACCGACGGACGAGGUAGCUGCUCAUCAGCUAUCCUUGUUCCCUCGGCCGCCCGUGUCUGGCGGAGGCGGACGCGGGGAUGGGACGCCACGCCCACGCGGGCUCCGCCGCCGCCGGCGUGCAGCUGAAGCUGCGCAAGGGCCUCUGGUCGCCCGAGGAGGACGAGAAGCUCUACAACCACAUCAUCCGCUACGGCGUCGGCUGCUGGAGCUCCGUGCCCAAGCUCGCGGGGCUCCAGCGGUGCGGCAAGAGCUGCCGCCUGCGGUGGAUCAACUACCUGCGCCCGGACCUGAAGCGGGGGAGCUUCUCGCAGCAGGAGGAGGACGCCAUCGUCGGCCUGCACGAGAUCCUGGGCAACAGGUGGUCGCAGAUCGCGUCGCACUUGCCGGGCCGGACGGACAACGAGAUCAAGAACUUCUGGAACAGCUGCCUUAAGAAGAAACUGCGCCAGCGCGGCAUCGACCCCACCACCCACAAGCCCAUCUCCGCCAACGCCGCGGCGGCAUUGGACCAGCCGGCGUCGCAGGAACACAAGCCGCCGCCCGCCGCCGACAGCGGUGGCUUCGAGCCGAAGCAGCAGCAGCAGCAGCAGCAGCAGGUGUUCGACCCGUUCCCGCUGACCGACAGCUUCGGCGGCGGCUUCGAAGCGGCUGGCGCCGCACUGUACGGCCACCUGGGCGGCGGCAAGCAGGACGCGGCCGGGUUCGUGGACUACAGCAGCGUGCUGGACGUGUCGGAGAACCUGGGCUACGGCGAGAGCUCCAGCAACAGCAGCAACUGGAACUGCGCGCCGGAGGCAGGCAACGCGCUCGACGGCGGCGAGGCGCCGCUGCACUGGGCCUCCAGCGAGGAGCAGUCCCUGGAGCACAAGUUCCUGCUGCCCUGUCACGGGCAGCAGGAGCAGAGCCUGCCGCAUUUCGACUUCGACAUCGGCCGGGGCGCCGUGGUCGGCGAGUUCAACCUCGAGUUCUUCUGAGGUUUCAACCUGUGAAUUCCAGCAAGAUAAAUUACAACCGUAUAUAUAUACACUGUUCCUAAAGGCAUUUCACACAGACCAAACGGGAGCUUAGAGACUGUGCUUUGUUAAUCCGCCCCUAGUCGUCCUUCCUUGCUCCUCCUUAACAAUGCUUUUUUUACGUUUCUUUGUUUUUCUGUUUCCAGUAUGGCUAAAAUAAAGGCAUAUACUACAAAUAUAGUACAAAUGUAAACACAGUGUAGUUGCUAUACAAGUACUAAGGUUUUGUAAGAACAAGUUUCUUACUUUCUGUACCCAGUCCAGUGACUCUUUGUCCACCACUGAAAAAAGGACACCGCAUCUUUUUGGCGUUUGCGUUC